CAGGUCGGACAAAAGCGUUUUAUUGGCGGAAUCAUGGCAGCCUUCACUCUUUUUAACAAUCUUGCCGACUUUAUGGGGAGGGUCAACAACGUAGUCGGCUGGUUUGACAACAUCGACCGCUUUAUGGGAUCAGGAGGAACACAAAGUGAAAGUCAAGUUAAUGUCGAACAGAUCAAUGAGUUGAAGACAAGGUUGGAUGGUUUAGCGACUGACGUGGAGAGUAAGAUUGAACACAGAAUGUUUAUGUUUACAAUGUAUAACGGAUUCGCUUCUCUUAGAGAAAAAUUGGAGGAAAUGAAACAUUUAUCAUUUUAUUUUUGGUAUACAAUGCCUGAAUUUUGUUGUCGGUCGCAGUUUACUUUACGGACCGAACCUCCCUUUCGGUAGGUGGGAUAUUGGUAGAAGGAUAUAUAAAAACGUUUUAUUCUAGCAUCGUUUCGGGUCGGUAAUUGAUGAUGGUUAAGUUUCGCCAUUUUCCCUCUAAUGGGUAGACAUAACAUGCAGCUAGGUUUACUGUAAGAUGAUUGUUUUCUUGACCUGUUAAGGACCACUAAACGUUUUAAAGGGCGACCACCUAACUUCACUGUCGUUUUUAAUACUGUAACCACAGAAAGAUAUUUCAUUGAUGACUAUAUAUACUCAAUGUAGUCAAUUUGUUAUAUCAUUUGUUGAACUUUUCCAUAGACGGGUUCAAAAGCCUUCUUGCUGGAGGUGAAUACACAGAUGUGUUGAAUAUUGUGGCCGGAGACGUAAGGAUUUUACAGCUUAUUGAUGGUUAUCAAAAGGAAUACUUAGAAGAGGUGAAGCGUUACAAAGAACGACCUGCGGGAGAGAGAAAUAGCGACGAAAUGGCUGCAAGCGAAAACAGCUGGUUCGAGAGUGUGAGUUUGUUUCUUAUUCUGACUAUUCAGAGGAAAACCCCUAUUUCGUCCAACAUAUACAUCCAAGCCCUCUAUAUUUCCCAUAAUUCGCAUAUAAAUCUCCUAUUGGAUUAUUGGGGGUAACGCAAGGUAUAAAAAUCGCUUACCAUUCAAUAAGUAAUAUUCAAUAAAUGAGCAGGAGUGUUUUAUCAAGUUUAAAACACGAGGCGCAGCGGAGUGCUUUAGGACUUGAUAAAACACGAAUUGCGAAUUUAUUGAACGGCUUCAAAAGCUUUACCGUACAUCUAUCCAUUCUUACACUAAUUUUUAGAGUUUGGGUUAUUUUGGCCUAGAAAAUCGGACGUAAAAUUUAGCCGCGUCUUUAUCAGAUAUAAAGACACUCAUUAAACAUUAAUUUCGUUUGUUUUGCCAUCCUGAGUUAUUAAUGAGUUUUUGAAAAAAAAUUAAGGAAUUAAGAUAUGGUAGACGAGUAAGCAAUACAUAAACAACAGUGUCAGGGAUGCGCGAUAUCCCAUACCGGAGUUUAUGAUGAAAUGUACCACGCCAAACUUUAGAGUUUAGUGUUGAGGCUCCACGUUGGUGUCUCUCAAUGGUCAAUAGAAACAUCUGUUAUUCACUUUGGCCGGCUUUCUCAAAACCAUUCUCUUUUCUGCUGAACCUGCAAACAUUCACAUAAACACCUAUCUUGACUAUUACCUGUUCGGGGCUCAAUACAUGCUGAAUUAACGUUUCAUGUUAUAUUCGAUCGAUUACUCUCAGACGCUCAAUCGCUCCUUUAGCUGCAGCCAUCUUUAUGCCACACACUGAGAAACAAAUCUGAAAUUCAAUCUGAUGUCAGGCAAAAACCGAUUUGGGUAUCAUAUCCUAUACUUAGUGCUUGCAGAUGACGAGACAAUAUAAAAGGUGGAAUCCUAACUCGCCGUUGGAUUUUUAAAGACUUCAAUGUUCUUAAAUAAUGUGUUGUUAAAUAUACGUAACAGGGUAGAUUAUAAUAGAACAUUUUAAUCGAUCGUUGUUGUUGGAAAAAAAACAAAGACAACUAUAUGGUUGUAAGAUCUCCCGAUAACCAAGUCAACGUAAACGUUUAUAACAUUAUUCAUCGACGAACAUUUAAUUAAACAACUGGGGUCUCCAGAUACAACAUUGGGAUAAUAAACAGACUAAGGUAUUAUCUAGAUUAAUAAAAAGAUGAAAAAAUUGCAUUACACUUUAAUCCUUCCAUACCUAAAUUAUGGCAUUCUUAGCUGGGGUAGUACGUAUAACCCCAGAGUGAGUGAGCUCCGUGUGCAGCAAAAUAAAUGCAUACGUAACAUUUUCUAUGCCCACUGACUGAUUCCAACUUACUUGGAAUCCUAAACUUUGAUAAUAUCCCGAAAUUCAGCAGUAUUUGCCCAUAAACUUUUACAUAAUAAGAAAAGCAUUCCAGUUGUAUUCUCUGACUUCAUAGCUCCGGCAACAAUAACUCAGGCUUCGAACCCCCCAGGUGAUGUUUCAGCUAAGACAACUAUAGCUUUUCGGCAACGUGGCGACGGCUUGACUCUCCCGGACACACCAGUGUCCCACUGGUUACCUUCGGCUUUUAGACAAGUUUGUGGAUUCAUCCAGACAGUAGCCAUUAGGCUGGCAUCAAAAGUAGUAGAUAUCCAGCUUUUAUUAGGGUGCUCUGUAAGACAAGGAUCAUUACGUGGCCAUCCCACCAACGUUUUGCAUAGUUUGAUUCAGUUGAAAAGAUGAAAUAUUUAGCUCUUUGUGUGCGGCAUAGAUAGAUAGCCUAUACGAAAUACCAAGCCCAUUGUUGAUGUUGUUAUUCAUUUAUCCAAAAUCUACAAAUUGACAAACAUACAUCAACGAAACUAACACUAUACAUUAAAUAAAAAAAGAAAAGGCCACACCCAUUUUAUGUCAAUCGUAAUUGUUCACUCUUUGAAGCAAUGAUGCUUUUUUAUACAAGUAUCUUUUCUUUCAGCAGCAAUUCUGCCAAAACCAUUUAAGCCUGAGGAUCUUGGAAUCAAUUAUCAAAUUUGCGUGUUAGAGAACGUAGGUAUUUAUUCAUUUAUUAUCUUUGGUUGUCAGAUUGAGGCCAGAGACGACUCUCUUGAGGACGCUCUAGGCAGUCUACGUUUGCAAGUUUGCGGAAAACCUUUGCUGACCCAAACAAGUUUGUACGAAGCUUAUGCCUGGAAACACGGACAGCAAUCUACAGCUGAGGGCAGCGUGGAAAACCUGAUGGAAUUUAUAUCUAGGGUUCGCCUUUUAGAGGCCAAUGGGUAUGCCGUGCGAAAAAAUUUUGUUAUGAAAAAGUACAAGGACAACACGGCGCGGAAUAACACAGAAGUAAGAAGAAUUAACACUCGGAUGGAACAGACUAAGGCAUGUGAAGACCCUGCCAUUGCCAGGGCCAUGUCGAGAAUGGUUGAUCAUCAAGGUUGGUGGGUUUUGAAAAAUGUCUCCUUGGAAUACGGAAAAAAGAAAUAUUUUCUUAUUCUGAUAAAGGCUUCUAUGAGUAUCUGAAGCAGUAAAGUUAAGCCAAUUAUAUCGUUCCUUAAUAGCUUAAUUCAGGCACAGAGGAGGCUAAAUAAGGCGCGAUCAAACCACGAAAUUUGUCUCAAUAAUUAAACCUAUUUCUAUCACUAAGUUGCGCGGAAAAUUCUAUCACAGAGCUUAGUCAAAAAAUGUCUAAAAAUUAUUUCAUGAUACAAUAUGCAUUCGUCAGCCAUCAAUCUCAAUCAGAAAAUAUUAAAAUUAAAGUUCAUCGUAGUUGUGAUCGUUACCUAAGCUGGGGCCAGUUUCUCGAAAGCCCCGGAAACUUUUCGGGCCCGUAAAGCCAUUUUUAGUUCAUCUGUACCUAAAAACGGAGAAGUGUAUACGCCUGAAACUUCUUGUAUGAAGGGAACCUCUCUUCAUAUUAAGAAUAUGUGAAUAAAACAGCUCUGUAAUCGUAAGGUUCGAGGUUUGCUAUUUUUCCGAAAAGUUUCCGGGGCUUUCGAGAAACGGACCCCAGUAACGAAAGGAAAUCCUGGAAAAAUCUAGGCUUAAACAGAAUUCGAACCCAUGACCUCUGUGAUCAUCUACGGGUUCAUUACGAACUCACAAAAGGACCGACCAGCUCCCAGUUGGCUUGAUAACUCAAUUAGCAUAGCACUGCACCGGCCGCGGUAUCGCAGGGGUCAUGGUUCGAUUCCCGUUCAAGCCUGGAUUUUUUCUCGGCUCUCCUUAGGUUACUGCUUAAGAAGCGUUCAUAACAGCGACGAACUUUAAUCUUUACAUGCUUCUGUCCGCAGUUCAACUACGUGUCUUUUAUAUAUUCUCUAGUACUCAAUCAGAAAAGUUAUCUUUGUUUUAGAAAAGUGUUGUCGCGAUUUUGAUGGCUUUGUUCCUACUUAUUUUGGAAGUAGUAACGGAAUUUCGAGUAACAAAUGCCAGAAAUAGAAGGACGAUUAUUGAGGAUUGCAAAAGGGUUUAAACGGAAAAUUACAGUGAUGCAGCAUAUUCACUCUCAUGAUUACUGUUGAUCUGUGUCCCAUAUAUACGCUAUUUCACCUAUACUUUUAUAGCGUUUUCACUCACGUGAUCAAUGAGCAUGUUUUUCAACCAAACCAAAAGAAAACGUAUGCAUAAGAAUACCGUUCAAUUCCCGGAGGAUUAGUUUAGGACACCCACAUGGCUGCCGUUCCUUUGUUAUGGGACACCAACAUGGCCGCCCUGACGUCACUCUAUGGAGUGUUUUCGCCUGACGUAACGGUGACCAUGUUAGUCUAGAGAACAACAGCGAAAGGGUCUUUUGAGAACUUGACUCUAUUAUUAUGCAAAACGUGUUCGAUAUUUUGCUAUUGUUUUGUAUACCAACACGGCCGUCUCAUCACGUGUGUGAAAACACUCUAUUGUUUGUUUGUUUUUUGUGACAGUUUGUUUAAACUUAGCCUCUAAAUCGUUGUUAUCACUUUCCUAGGUAUACCUAUUUUUGGGAGAAUUCGCUGGUCACAUUCACAUCGAAACAGAUCAAGUGGAGAGACUUAUGACAGGUUUGUUAGGAUAUACAGCGUUUUAUGAAGUCUUAAAAAUUUCCUUGUUUGCUUUAUUUUAAUUACUUCUUGGUUUGAAUGGGAUCAUACUCUGUAUUUGGUGAGUAUCCUACCCAGAUUUUAGUACGAUGUAAUGGGCCACUUUUUUCCAGUUUUUUGAUAAUUGUUUGGGGUGAUUUUGGCUUUAAAAAAGCAACUGAUUAUAUCAAAAACUAUUUGAUGAAGUAAAAAUGUUACUGAAAAGAAAAUGAUGGAGACAAUAAUCGCAAAAGAAGAUUACAACACAAGUGAUAUGAUAUUCGAUGAAAUUAAAACAUAAAGGUUUCAAAAUCAAUGUUUAAAGAUAAAUGAGAGAAUUAAUAGUUACACAAGGGAUUCGCAGGAAGGAAAAACUAAAUUGUCUAAAUUGCUUCUUGCAAAAGAUGUAUUUUCAUAUAGAAUAUCAGAAAACAUAAAAAUCUAGAUACGAAAGAGAUAAACGGUUAUGUCCUUCAUUAUGCUUACCACUAGACGGUGAAUUUGGAAAGAUGCUUAACAAAAUUGUAAUAUAAUGCAUAAAACAUUUAGUUUCCAUUGGCGGACUAAAAAGCGAUUAAAAUUGAAAAAAAAAAGAGGAUUUUCAUUACAAGAUGAAAAAAAAAACGGAAAACAACAGGUAAAAUGGUAAAAAAACAAAAACAUGCCAGGAGCCAUGAGAGAAAUAAAUGACUGCAAGUGAAAUUAAGAACAUGUCUAAUAAUGGAAGUAUUGAACAAGUAUGGUAUAUAUAAAUCAAUUAUUCGAACUCUGUUAGAACACGCAGUGCCUGCUUUGCAGAAUAUUAACAUGUAUAUUGGCCCAACCAUUAGAAGGUGUGCAGAAAAGAGUCAUGAGUAUUAUAUAUCCUAUGCAUCGCUGUCAACUGAACAGGCCUUGGCUGUUGCCAUAUGUACCGACUACAUAGAAAAGUUAAAAUGCCUGGAACAUCCAUUAGCUUUUCUUUUACCUAGAAAAGAACCGAUAGUUCCUAAUUAUAAUCUAAGAUCUAGGAGUAAUUUUAGAAGAUUCUUGUAAUGAGACCGGCUGAAGUGUAGAACCCAGCGCUCGCAGGAGUUUAUUACCUUAAAAUUUUAAUUUCACAUUGGCGUUGCAAAGAUUAUAUUUUACUGACUCAUUCAGUAUUUAUUGUAAUUAGUGAAUUUAUCUAUUAUUAGUUAUAGUACUUCUAUAUAAUAUAGCUUAAAUGCAGCUUGUAUUGUACUCUGUAAUUCAGCCUUAUAUUAUAGGCUGCAAUGAUUAUGAGUUUUAAUAAACGGUCUGUCUUCUUCUUCUUCAUCAUAUAAGUUACCUUUUGUCUUACCCUCCCAUUCCAUUCCUUCAAAACAGGUGUCUGACUUACGAGACUUCAUCUGGGGAGGCAGAGCCUGAAGCACGAUCUUGUUCAAGUAACGCGCAAAACCAACAAUGGAAACUCAAAGCUGAUAACACACUGCGGCCAAGGAAUGACGAAAGCAAAUGCCUUUUCCUAAUCGAACCGGAGGAGACUCGUGGAGCAUCAUUCGACGACUAUGGCUAUAAGGUCCUGCCCUGUAGCUCAAGCUACAACAACAAGAAGUUCACAUUCGAAUACUUGAGCCAUCAGAUACCAGGCCAGAACAAGUUGCACACAUUUUUCAAACUUAAAGCGAAAAAUGACAAUUUUGAUCGCGAGGGAUGGCAAGGGCAAGACAUCUGUUUGGCUUUCAGGGCGUGGGGGGGAUAUGUGGGAACCGCGUUUGAGCGUUGGGUUCCACAACCGUUUCGAUGUACCUGUCCAAGAAUUAUAAAUGAGCUGCAUUGGUGUAUUGGGGAGAGUCCUCCACGACCUUCUGAUAACGAUUACCCCUGGUUCAAAUUUGAACCAGUUGAAUAA